CCUAUCUACAUUGAUCGAUACAUAUGACUGUCAACGAAGUUGUUUUAACUGAUCUUAACAAAGCUGAAGUUUAUUAUCUGAUUAACCAAGUUUAACAGUAUAUUAUCUGAUUCUACACACGUUCAUACGAAUCAGAAUUUCUCUGUUGCCUGUUAACACGUUCUUUCAAAUACAUUUUCGUACACACAUCUUUGAAUAGUGUUGCAUUCAUCACGUCUGUGUGUACAGUGUGUAAGCAAUUGGUGUUCACAUUAAAUCAUCAAUAGCAAUUGUCAAUCUGAUCUCAUCAGACACAAGAUUCAUCAUUAUGUGCGCGAAAAUGGCUUUUCAGCAUCAAGCUGGCACCGCUAUGGAAUGUUUAAGUAUACCAAUUAUAUUAGUUAAAGAAACGGAUGUUAAUGAAAAUGGGGAAGAAGUGAUGAAGUGUGGCUUCAAAAUUGGAGGUGGUAUUGAUCAAGAUUUUAGAAAAAGUCCUCAGGGUUAUACAGAUAAUGGUAUAUACGUAACUGAAGUGCACGAAGGAUCACCAGCAGCAAAGAGCGGGCUUCGUAUGCAUGAUAAAAUUUUACAAUGUAAUGGGUAUGAUUUUACCAUGGUAACUCAUAAAAAGGCAGUAUCAUAUAUCAGAAAGCAUCCAGUAUUAAAUCUAUUAGUAGCACGUAAAGGAGUGACAAGUACUUAAAUACCAAAUAAGAGAUCCAUUUGGUCUAAGAAGAAUAUUUAUUUUGCUCUAUACAAUAACAAAGUCAAUUUAUUGGAGCUACAUGUCUGCCAAAUAUCAUUAGAUUAUGACCAAUAGUAAGAUAUCUUUGAAUUAGUUUUCACAAAAUGAGUAAACUUGGUACUUUACUUUUUAUAAACGUUAUAUCUAAUAAUUAUUUACUAUUCCAAUUAAAAUAAGAGCAUAAAUGUUAAUUAAUGGACAUCCACUGAUUGUUAUGAUUAUAUUGCAGGCAUAAUAUCUGUUUCUAAUUGCAAUAAGAAUAAAGCAUUAGAACGAUAGAUAUAUAUGUAUAAAAGUUAUGGUUCGUUAUUGUUGUUGAAAAAAAAAAAGAAAGAUUGUAUGAAAAUGUUUUUCUGAUAUCAGAUGACGAUUGAUAACGCUAUCAUUAUGUAAAAUUAUGCUUGAGAAACAUGAUUUACAUGUGCCUGCGUAAAAAUCGCCCUGUAUAUCAAAAUUUGUAACAAUAUUUCUUGUGCCAAACAAUAACUGCUGCGCGGGAUCCAUAUGAAUAUUUCUUACCGUCUUGUAUAUAUAUUUACCUACAACAGGAAAGAUGUUUGAAUAAUGAAGCGAACUUCUCGAUCGUUUCUUUUAACAAAGGAAUAAUUAUAUGGAUGAGAAAAGUCAUAAUAUUUUAAUUUUUUAAGUAUUUCUAUAUUGUAAAAUAUAACAGAAUGCCAAAGCAUAAUGAAGUUACAGUAGCUUAGACAUGCAACAUACCCUUUACAAAAUUUUGUAUUGCUAGUAUAUUGCUAUAAGACUCAUAUGAAAUACUUCGAAUCUAUGCAUUUAAAAUCUAAUUAUACGCAAUGACUGAAACGAUCAUACAAUAAACAUUGUUUUGUUACCUUUAAAGAGGUAUAUCUAAUAUAUGAAUAAGUAUUGUAUAUUAUAUGCAACUAAUGCAUUUACAAGCAUUUACAGAAUUUUUUUUUUAUUGGCGUUGAGAAGAAAUUAUUGAGAUUAUAUACUUUGAAUAGAAGUAUUAAACAUUAUAUUUUAUAAAGUUUUUACUUUAAUCGAUAACGAAUGUUUCUAUGCAUUAUCGUAAAAUUUUUACACGUGAAGAAAAACAACAUUUUAUAUCUUUUUUAUCUUAAAUUGGCUAAAAAUGUAUAAUAAGCGAACGAAGAAAGGAAAAGUUCCUGUAACAAUACAUAUGAUUUUCUUUUAUAUCCCAAAAUGCUAACGCAAUCAUAAUAUAAACUGUUUAUGUAAGAGAUAAUGUAAUAUUUUGUCAUAAUUUUAUAACUAGUCUGCUAAAACAUGAAAAAGAUUGAAAAAUGAAAUAAAUAAAACAUAAAUUAUUAUGCGUGCGACCACUGGGCAUGCAGUAGUAAUUUAAUCUUUUGUAUAGAAUUACAAUAUGACAAAUUAUAUGCAUUAUUUCAAUCUACAUUUAUAUAAAAGUUAUAUGUUAUUUAUUACCAAAAAUAUAAUUAUAUAGAGAACUGUGGAACAAACUAAUGAUCAUAUAUUGUGUAAAUAACAAAUAAAUGUUCUAUACUAUCAUCACUAAA